AUGAAUUUUGAUUUGAUUUCUGAACUUAAACAAUGCCCGACUAUUGAUCAUUUUAUUGAUUUUGCAUCAAAAUUGCUUAGAGAAGCAGGAUUUCAACAUUUAUCUAUAACAGAUCCAUGGGCUUCAAUUCCAAAUAAGUUUUUCGUGACUCAAGAUUCUAAGAAUAUCGUAAUAGUGAAUCAAACUAAUACAGAUAAACAAAUUGUAUUCCAAACAGAUUUUGGAAAGCCUUGCUUUAUGCUUAAAACGAAUAAUGCAGAUUUAUCACGUGGUUUUAAUAUAGUCAGAUGCGGGAAAGUUGCUUUAAAUGGAUUUUAUGCAUUAAAACUAGCAGGAAAAAUAUUAUACAAAGACUCAAAUCAAAUUAAAACAAAAUUAUUCAUCGGUGAGCAACCAAUUGCAUUUCUUCCAGAUCCACAAAAUGCUAAUAUCGAUAGAGAGAACUACAAUCCAGUAAUUUCAUUGGAAGAUUCAGAUGAUGUAAUAAAUCCAGAUCAAUCCACUGCUAUUUACAAAUAUAUUUACAGAUACACAGGCGUUAAGCAAUCAGAUAUUAUUGAUUCAGAGCUUUACUUUAUUGAUUCCGAUAAUCCAAUUGAAUUUGGUCCAAAUAAAGAAUUCAUUCGAGCAUUUAGACUGAAUGCAUACAGUCAUAUAUUAUUCCUCCUUCAUGAGACAAUGAAUGCUACACCAAAGACUCAAUCAAUCUUUACUUGUAUAUAUGAAAAUAAGGAUUCUGAGGCUGACAAUCCCUUCUUUAAUAGUGUGUGCAACAAAAUGAAUAUCAGUAAAGACGAUAACAUGGAAUUCGUUAAACAGAACUUCAUAAAUGAUGAUGAAAAUGUACCAAAAUUUUCAAUUGAGAUAUGUGAUAAGAUAUCAGUGUAUGCAACACAAUCUAUGUUAAGGAAAAUUAUGAGUGGUCAACGAACACACCCCUUAUUACAUUAA